CUCUCUGGACACGCGUGUUGCAUGUUUGCAGUCGGCAUGGCUUCGUCAGCUAAGAGGAGAGCAGUAGGUUUGGGCGAAAACCCCGAGGAAAGUGAUAACAGCUCAGAUGAGGACCUGGAAGAUGAUGACGACUCCGGAGAGGAGGACAGCGAAGCAUCCGAGGAGGAGAUAAACGAGGAGGUCGUAGUGGACUUCGAAGCUCACGCCCUCACAGGCAGUGACUUCAACGGGAUAAAGAAGCUGUUGCAGCAGCUGUUCUUAAAAGCUCAUGUGAACACGUCGGAGAUGACAGACAUCAUCAUUCAACAGAAUCACAUCGGAAGCGUCAUUAAGCAAGCCGAAGUACCGGAGGACAGCGAUGACGAUGACCCAGAUGAGGUGUUUGGUUUCAUCACUAUGCUUAACCUUACAGAGAGAAAGGGCGUACAGUGUGUGGAGGAGGUGAAAGAGCUCAUCGUGGAGCAGUGUGAGAAAAACUGCGGCCACAGCGUGACCGAACAGCUAGAACUGAUCCUCAAUGACACCAGUAAACCUGUGGGGCUCCUGCUGAGUGAGCGCUUCAUCAACGUCCCGCCACAGAUCGCCCUCCCACUGCACACACAGCUACAGGGAGAAAUAGCUGAAGCUCAGAGGACAAAUAAGCCCAGUGGGAAGUGUCACUACUGCCUGUUGAUCAGCAAAACCUGCAAAGAAGCAUCUAAGACCAUCCCAGCCAGAGGAGGAGGAGCUCCUAAAGAGGAGUACAUGUUCAUCAACGCAGAGGAGGAAUUCUUCUAUGAGCAGGCCAUCCUCAAGUUCCACUACUCAGUCCAGGAGGAGGCGGACUCCUGUUUGAGCGGCAGGUGGUCCUUCGACGACGUUCCCAUGAAGCCGUUCAGGACAGUGAUGCUGGUUCCAACUGACAAAAUGCCCGCCAUCAUGGACAAACUCAAAGAAUACCUGACUGUGUGAAGGCUAUAAUAAAAAAAUAAUAAUAAUAAUAAGGUGUGUAUAUAAACUGAAGACCAGCGGGCUGAUGGAAAGACUUCGAAACCAGAGGGAAAACACUUUGAUACCAACAGUUACAGCAGAAACAUGACUUCUCCUGUGAUUUUUUUUUUUUUUUUUUAAGAUUUUUUUUUUAACAAAUAUAUGGCUCAAAAGAAAAUCACCAAUAUAAUCAUGUGAAUAUGAAUGACUUUGCCACGAAGAGUCCAUACGACGUAGAUUUGUAUUAUAUUAAGUUAAAACCAUUGAAGGUAGUUGGUAAAAACAUGCAAUCCUCUUAGAAUUUCCUCACGUUUUUCCAAGUCUGAUCAGCAUUUCAAACAUGAAAUAGUAAAUAAAUAUUUUAACACCAGCAGAUAACUU